GUCAAUUAGUAAUCAAAUUGAUUACUGAUGUUUAAAAUUGUAGUCUUAAUUAAUUUUAAAAUCAAACGUAAAACAAUGCCAAAAUUACUCGUAACCAUCGACGAAGGCACUGUCCGUGGCAAAAAAUCAAAAACUUACCUCGGAGAAACUUUCUAUAGUUUCCUGGGAAUCCCCUACGCCGAACCUCCAAUCGGCCCCCUCCGAUUCAAAGCUCCAAUCCCAAAAACACCAUGGAAAGUUUUACGUAGGUUCAGAAAACAACUGUUUAAACCUAAACGUGUUUACAAAAAAUUACACUUCUUUAAGACCCGUCAUGGUAUGGAUCCACGGAGGAGCUUUUCUCAUGGGAAGCAACACUAGAGACAUCUUCGGGCCUGAUUAUCUCAUGUGUGAAGACAUUGUCUUGGUCUCAAUCAAUUACCGAUUAGGAAUACUAGGAUUUCUGUGUCUAGAAGACCCUUCACUGGAAGUUCCAGGCAAUGCGGGCAUGAAAGACAUGGUUUUGGCCCUGAAAUGGGUCCAAAGGAACAUCAAACACUUCAAUGGCGAUCCGAAAAAUGUAACAAUUUUUGGCGAAAGUGCUGGUUCGGCUUCUGUGAAUUAUUUAUGUUUGUCACCUUUGUGUAAGGGACUUUUUCACAAAGCGAUAGCCCAAAGUGGCUCUCCGUUGAACUAUUGGGCUUGUGGUUCCAGAAAUGCGAAAGUUGUGGCACAAAUGUUAAAAUUCAAGAACAGUGAUGAAGAAAAACUUUUGAAAUAUUUGCGACAAUUGUCGGCCAAAAAAAUAGUAAAAGCCCAGUAUGAGUUGAAAAAUUAUGAAGUGAUGAAUCCUAAUCAAGUCACGUUGUUUGCUCCAGUGGUGGAAAAACCAUCAAAUGAACCUGCGUUUCUCCUAGAACAACCGAUUGAAAUCCUUAAAAAGGGUACCUUUAAUAAUGUUCCAUUGAUAAUGGGGUAUACAACAGGGGAAGGUAUUUUGUACCAGUUAGCAAUCAAAAUUUUUAACGAUCAGCGAGAAGUUGACUUAGAAAAAGAAAUUCCUUAUGAUUUGAAGUGUGAAAAAGGAAGUAAAAAAUCCAAAGAGUUGGCACUCAAAAUCCAAAAAUUCUACUUCGGGGAAGAACAUAUUUCACGAAAAGGUUACAAAAUGGUGACGCUCAAAUCAGACAAUAAUUUCUUGCAUGGGAUUCACCGACAAAUUUCCUACAUGAAAUUGUCAAAUAAGGCACCGAUUUUUCUCUAUCGGAUGUCAGUUGAAACUAGUAUUAAUUUAGUUAAAAGUUUGUGUACCACAAAAUGUGUUGUGUGUUCCUUCGUUUGCUUAUUUUUUUCGUACAAAUGUUACUCUUCUGGUCAUCUUAUAAGACGUUUCUUCCCUAAAGAAAAAAUCGAGGGUGUUUGUCACGGAGACGACGUUUCCUACUUGUUCAAUUCUUUCGCUUCUCCUAGACUUAAAAAAGGGAGUAUCGAGGAGAUUUCCAUGCAACGUUUUGUGAAAAUGUGGACGAAUUUUGCAAAAACCGGUCAUCCAACACCGGUUAAAACCGAUCUUGUGAAUAUCCUCUGGGAACCAAUAACUCACGAUAGUGAUUUUUACCUCGAUAUUGGGCGAGAAUUGAAAAUGGGUAAAAACCCGGAUUGUGACCGAAUGCAGUUUUGGGACUCUUUUUAUAGUAAUUAG